AUGCCGUCCACCUUGAUUUGUGAAGGGGGAGAGAAACUUGAGGAUGAGAAGAGCAGCCAUGGCCCCCUCGAGCUCGUCGUCCCCAGCGGCGACCUCGGUACAACUCUUCGUAUUCGCCCACCCACCACACAAGACUCUACUUCUAUUCCCGCUCGUUUCCAACGCUCAGUAAUACAGGCCACUUCUUCAACAUCUAUCUCUAUAGAAUCGCCAUCUAGCGCUUUAGCAGGCUCUGGCGCACCUUCUGCACCUACUGUUUCAGGAGCGUCCGGUUCUAAAAAGCAGGUGUUCACCUUCGACCAAGUGCAUCCCCCUCCAACCACGCAGUAUGAACUAUUCGAGUCCACCGCGAGACCCCUUGUAUCCCGCUUUGUUGAGGGAUUUAACUGCACUAUCCUUGCUUAUGGCCAAACAAGUAGUGGUAAAACGUUUACCAUGACCGGGGUCGACCUCGACCUCGACCCAACAGAUCCUAACAACGGCAUGGGUAUCAUCCCAAGGGCCGUUUCCUCUAUAUUUGCUUCUGCAAGACAGCUUAAAGAGGAGCGAGGAAAUACUUGGACCUACAACCUAAAGGGUUCCUUUAUUGAAAUUUAUAACGAAGAUUUGAUUGAUUUGUUGAGCCUGGACGACCCAACGGGAGCAAAGCGAGAGGUCCAGAUAAGAGAGGACAAAGAAGGUCAUAUCAUCUGGGGAGGGCUUCGCGAGGUGAACGUCAGAAAUCCCAAUGAAGUUAUGGGUCUACUGAAGAAAGGAACUUCCAUUCGGCGAACCAACGAGACAGACAUGAACGCACAAUCAUCUCGGUCUCACGCCAUUUUUUCUCUCACUUUAACCCAAAAGAAGUAUUCAGGUUCUGGCCCACCCCCGAGGUCUUCAUCUCCUCUUCCUCCGGGUGGUCGCUCACCGUCGAGGCUAGCCCGUCCUGGUUCCAUGUACGCUGGUGGUCCUUCUCCUUCCGCUAACAGAGUUGCGUCUCCCACUUUAGGCCGUCCGUCGACCCCGAGUUUCGCAUCAGCCAUGGGCAGAGGCAUUGGUCUUCGGCCAGCUAGUGCUCUGGGUCAUUUGGGUGAUCGAUCAAAUACCGCUGCUAAUGAGGAGGAAUCGGGCGAAUGGGUUACAAUUGUGUCGAAGUUCCAUUUCGUCGACCUUGCUGGUUCUGAACGGCUCAAACGCACGGCUGCUGCAGGAGAACGGAUCAAAGAGGGAAUAUCCAUUAAUAGUGGCUUGCUCGCCCUUGGAAACGUUAUCUCUGCUUUGGGCGAUCCGGCGCGCGCGAAGUCCAACACUGCGAGUCAUGUUCCAUAUCGUGAUUCCAAGUUGACUCGCCUCCUACAAGACUCCCUUGGAGGCAAUGCUCAUACUCUCAUGAUCGCGUGUGUUAGUCCUGCCGAAUGGAACGCAGGAGAGACCAUCAACACCCUGAAAUAUGCCAAUCGUGCGCGCAAUAUCAAGAAUCGCGCCACUGUCAAUGAAAAAGAGGAUGGAUGGGACGACAUUGAAUGGUUACAAGGCACGGUUUCGCGUCUUCGCAAAGAGUUGAAAGCCAUCAAGGACGGUGGUGCGCUUUCGACGGCCGAUAAAGAACCAGAGGCACUUGAAGGCGCGGGAAAGAAAGUACUGGCUCAAAUGUAUGAGCUACAGAGCAAUUACGAAGACCUUCGCGAGAAGUAUGUCGACCGGACUGAGGAACUUACGCGCCUGAGGAGAGAACUAGGCGAAAAACACAGAAACAGUACAUCUGGUGCCGUAGGUGGAACCGGGAAAUAUGAAGAGAUCGUGGGCCCUGUAAUUGAAGAGUAUGAGAAGACGAUUAGUGCCAUGGAAGCAGAGCUCAGCCUCAACAGAGCCGCUCUCAGGCAUACAAAUGAGAUGGUAGAAGAAAGGGAGGAAGAGUUAGCGGCCAUCACGGAGCGGCAUGCGGCUACUGAGUUAUAUGUAGAGGAACUGAGAGCCAGGGUUUCUAAGCUCACUGAAAGAGAAGCAUCGACAGAGGCUUAUGUGCGUGAUUUGGAGGAAAGAAUGAAGACAUAUGAUGACACAUCGGUGUCCUCCAGCGAAUCCAUGUCUGAUCUCAAACGGGAAGUGACCCGCUUCAAAGAAGCUGAAGCGCAUUCUAGCAAAUACAUAGCAGACCUAGAGGCUCGAUUAUCUCGAUCCGACGAGUCGAUCCUUGCUCUCCAGAAAACCGUUGAAGGUCUGGAGAAAGAAUGCGAUCGGCGACGUGAAGAGGCUGAGACUUUGCAAGCACGUUUGGAUGCCUUUAGGCAGGACGGGGACAAUUGGCGCUCAGACCUUGAAGCCAGGGAGUUGCGACUCAAGCAACUAGAAUUGAAGAUGAAGGAAUGGGAACAGAGGAAGAGGGAGGCAGGCGAGACCCGGAUUCGUCUGGGAGAAGUUGUUGGUGAAGUUGAGCAGGCUCGAAGAAGCCUAGAAGUCGACCUCGCAAACGCCCCUCCAACUCCUGUUUCUCCUACAGAGACAUCACCGGACUCUGACCCUUCCUCUCCGAAUGGCAUAGAGAAUGAUACUGCCGCUACAUCUCCAUCGACUGACUUGGAGAACCAACUUCUUAUCCUGCAGCAAACUCAUACAGCGACCCUCGCCGACCUGUCCUCCAUUACAGUCAAGUACCGUGAUGCAUUGAGGGAAAUAUCAGACCUGGCCGCCCAAAUCCAAGAAGCCAAGCUGAAUAGUUCCAGCGUCGCAGAACCCGUUACAGAAUCACCGGCCUCCGACAAACCUCUCCAAGAUACGUCACCUUAUAGACGAAGGUUUGUUGGAACAAGGGGACGUGAUCCUCCAGAUACUCAACUAAAUUCUUCUGGUCGACGGCUUUUUUUCCGGCAAGCGGCCUCGGCGGAAUCGCUCCACGCGAGGUCGCUUUCGCAAUCACAAUCGCUAUCGCAGGAGCUAUCCUCGGCGCAUUUGCGCAAGGCUUCAUUUUCAAGCCACGGAACGAGUAGCUCACAUUCACCAUCCAACUCUCACUCUCUUUCUGUGUCAAACCUUCAGUCGAUAAAUCUUCGUCCCAGUCUUUCCAUUUCCAUGCCUAGUCUUUCCACUCAGAAUGAGCGAUCGGUCUCAUCAUUAGAAAAGGAAAUAAUGCGACUUCAGGAGGUUCUUAAGGAACGCGAAGCGGAGAUCACUUUGCUUGAAGAAUCUCUCAAAGAAAUCCAACAGGCAGAGAAACCAAUUGCUGAGGUGGCAGGAGAAUCUCAAAGUGCCGCCGAAUUGAAUGGGAUAAAUCCUGCCUUUACUUUGUCUCCAAAGACCUUGAACCGCUUCGAUCACAUUCGGAAGACAAUGGAAAGUGUGCAUGCCCAUGACGGUCUGAACGAAGCUGGAACUUCUGAGGGCGAUUCUCUAGAAAGGUUGAAUGAACUCAUGUUGUCAAUGGCUGCGAAAGAGUCUAGCCAUCGUGAUACGGUCGAAGCACUGAAUGCCGAACUUGCUCUUACCCGACGUCAAUUGGACGAUUUGACAACACUGAACCGGGACCAGACUUUGAACAUGUCUACAGAAAUUGAAUCCCUUCACAAAAAUCAUAGUCACGAUCUCGCCCUAUUGGAAGAAGUUCGCAAACGCGAGACCGAACUGCUCGAGUCCCUCAAAGAAGUCGAAGCCGCUCAUAAGGCCGAGAUUGAUCUGCUUCGAACUGCGCAUGAAGAUGCCAUGAAAGCCAAAGCUCAAGAAAUGGAGGAAUUGACGACUGCAAUGAAACAUGAGCAUGAGUCGUCUGUAACAACCCUUCGUGACGAGCUGGAAGGGGUCAAACUUUCCCUUGAAAAGGCUAGAGAAGAACAUACCAUCUCUUUUGGCAAACUCAAGGCAGAGCAUGAGAAGGAACUUCAAUCAAAACUUCAGGAGGCAGACGAUAUGCUAGAGAAGACGCGUGCGGAUCACGAAAAAGUUUUGGCCAAAGUUCAUGCUGACCAUGCAGCAGCUCUUCGUCAAAAGGACGAGGAAGCCGCAGCGGCAUUGCAGUCAACAGAAGAAGAGUACUACAAUGCUCUCACCAAACUGCGUGGCGACCAGGUUGAAGCUAUCAAAACCGUGGCCGCUGAAACCAAUGCAACGAUUGAACGACUUCGCGAAGAGCACGCCGGAGAACUGCGUAUGGCAGAAAUUGCGAAAGAAGGGUCUAUUUCUCAAAGUGAAUCAGAUCGCGCCUUAGCGUUGAGGACGCUUCAAGAGGAACAUGUUGCUGCUAUUGCGAGGAAGGAGGCUGCUUUCGCCGAAGAGAUCGAAUGUCUCAAUGCUGGCUUUCUGCGAACUUCCAAGGCCAAAGACGAUGAUCAUUCCCUCCAGAUGGAUCGGAUCAAGUUGGAGCACGAGACAUCUCUUUCCAAGUUAAAGAGUGACUGGCGAACUGAAGUUGAACGUUUGGAGGCAAGUUUGGUCUCAGAGCGGGAUGAACAUGCUGCUAUCAUUCACAAGCUUCGGCAAGAGAACGAGGCUGCCAUACAGGCUGUGCAGGAGCAACAGGCUACAAUCUUGCAAGAAAUCGAACGGAGCUAUCAAGAGGAAACUUUGGCUCUGCAGGCGAAACACGAUCAACGUGUCAAGGAGUUUAGCCUAGAGUUAGAACAAAGUCGCGAAGCAUUAUCUCAAUCUCAUGCGAGCAAAGUCGCCGAGCUUGAGACCAAUCACGAUCAGGAGCUUUCUAAACUUGUUGCCGAACUAACUCUCGCAAAAGAACGCCUUCAGAGCGCAGAGGAAGAGCUUCAGUCGCAUAGUGAACGUGCGCAGCUGGAUGACCAACGUCGAAAGGACGUCUUGGAGUCGCAUGCGAAAGAACUCUCGGAGAUGGAAUUUAUUCAUCGACAAGAAGUAUCUAAACUUGAGUCAAGUAUGGCUGCUCUUCGACAAGCUCAUCAGCAAGAUAUCGAAACACUUCAGUCUGAUCACAAAAACGCACUUCAGCAACAACAGGAUCAGCUUGGUGCUAUGACUGCCGAACUACAGAAGAAGCAUGCGGAGGAGCGAGACGCAUUCAGCAGGGAACGCGACAUGUUGGUUGAGGAAAUCGAGGCACACAAGGUUGCAGCGGACGAAUUCACUUUGUUGCGUGAGCAGAACCGACAAACUCACGAAGAGGAGGUAGUGGCUAAAGAUAAAGAAAUUGCGUCUCUUAAAGCAAGUCUUACUUCUAUCGGUGGAGAGCGUGAUGAACUGGAGAGCGAGGUUGCAAAACUACGUGCCGAACUCAAUAAAACUCGUAGCGAGCAAUCCAAACUCAUCCAAGAAGCUUCCAAACGCGAGUCGCUCGUAGUGGAGCUCGACCGCCAUCGCUCUGUUCUAGCUGAUUUACAGGAGAACUUGCAAAAGGUGAAGGAUGAAAAGGAUGUUAUUCAGACGGAGAAAAAUAAGUCUGAUGCCAUGGUACGCGAUCUACAAGCUCAACUGGCACGUAGUGCCUCUCCGCCCAAUGUACGCUCGUCGGAGCGAAAUAUCGGCUUCCAGCGCGGUACAAAUCUUCCUGCUAUCAAACUACCUCCUCCUACACCUCCCCCAUCAGUCCCACCUCCACCCGCUCCCCGAUCUGCGACCGCAACAAUGCAUCACUUAAAUGGUGAUUCCAAUCUGAGCACCUCGUCGCAGAGUUCUGCUUUCAACUCCUCAGUGUCCUCAAGAGAAUCUCAACCAGAAUCACCAUCAACUUCAGUUGGUCACGUCCCACUAAACGGUAUUUCACAGUUGGAUCCAAAGACCAGCCAAAAGAUCGAACAACAGUCGAAGUUGAUCGAAGAACAAGAGGCUAUGAUCAAAACUCUGAAUAAGCAGUUAACGCAUUGUGAAACCGACUUACAGACCCAUAUGGACCUUGUUACAACCUUGGAGACAUCUCUCGGGGAUUCUGAGAAGAAUUUACGCAAGGCACGUAUGCAGGCAACAGAACUUGCCAGAGAGCGGGAUACUCUGAACCUCAAACUCGAAGCGAUGCGAAACGAACUAUCGGAAGCCAAGCGAGAGGUGGUGACUGUCCGCCGAUCUAUUGUCGAGGAGAAACAAUCACUCGAACAACGUCUCGACGAAGAACGCAAAGCCAAAGAACGGGCUCGUCAACAACUGGACUCUCGCAUGGAGGAAUUGCAGAAACGGAAGUCAAAAUUUGCAUGCCUAUAA